UCAAAAUACUGUACAAAUACUAUGAUCUGAUAUCAAUAAGGGUUAACUUUUAUUAGUUUUAUGGACUUUAAAAUUAAAAAAAUAUCAAUAAAUAGGUGCCGUGCUAAUUAUUAACAAGUUUGGACAAGAUUGCAUUGAAAUAAAAACGAUUUCAUAAAACAAACAGUACAAAAUACAAGUAUAUAAAAUAUGUAAUAUGUUGGACAGCCCUAGAGAGGAAGAUGAUACAGACAAAAAUGAUGAACUAAGUAUUACAAAUAUAAAACCAGAAUUUUCAGUUCGAGUAGUUGUUUGUGAUCAUUAUCUUACAAGGCCGUUACCAGGGUUAGACGUUAUAUAUUCUGAUUUUCGAGGUUCUGAUAUAAAACAGGUACCAAUAUUAAGAAUAUUUGGCUCUACAUCUGAAGGAUAUAAAGCAUGUCUACAUAUACAUGGGGUAUUUCCUUAUUUUUAUAUACCAUGCCCUACACCAAAUCCAGAACCACAAUUUUUAUACCAAAUUGCUGCCAGCCUGGAUAAAGCUUUAAAUAUUGCUUUAAAACAAGCAACAUCAACCAAUCAGCAUGUGUAUAAAAUAACCCUUGUUAAGGGAUUACCAUUCUAUGGAUUUCAUGACAAGGUACAUCUAUUCUUAAAAAUAUUCUUAUACAACCCUGGUCUCAUUAAACAAGCAGUUGAAUUAUGCAGCAACGGAGCUAUUUUGGGCCAAGCUCUACAACCUCAUGAAGCUCAUCUUAAUUUUACUUUGCAAUUUUUCAUUGAUUUUAAUCUUUUUGGAAUGAGCAAUAUUGAUUUGCAAACUGUCAGGUUUCGCAAAUCAGGCAUUUCCCAAUGUAGUGAUGAACCAACAGGAUCUUAUGAAUCAAGCGUAAAACCUGAAAGUAGUUGUUAUUAUGAAGCAGAUUGUUUUGCAUCACAUAUAUUAAAUAGACAAAGAAUAGGUAGAGGUGAUGGUAUUGAAAAUCCAGGGCUUGAAGAAGUAUGGAAUCAGGAACUGGAACGGAGAAAACAACUUAACAUAUCCAUGGCUUCAAAAUCUCUGUCACAAUCGAGAAUAAACGUCAAAGAAACAGAUACGCACAGUAAAUUUGAACAAAUUAUGCAUAAUAAAAUUUCUAAUGUAAUCGAUAAACCGAUAGAGAUUACCAGUGAAGCAAAUUUAGAAUUAGUCAAUUAUCCAGCUGAAACUGCAGAAAAUUCACAGUUACUUAAUGCUACUGAUAUUAGUCAUCAUAUUCACCAGGAUGUUACCAGUUUAAGCAAUAAUUCUACAUUUAGAAUAACAGCUGAAUAUAUUGAUAAUGUUGACAAUACAUUGGUUGAUGAAGAUAUAGCAUUAAAUAGUAGUUUUUCCCUGAGACACAGUCAAAUAUUAUUGGACAAUGAUGAUUUAGAACUAGUGGACAUGCUGCAAGAUCUUGAUGAAAAAGCGGUCGAAGACGAUAGUGUAAUGGGAACACCAGCAAAUGAAGAAGAUAACUCAGAUUCUGAUAAUGCUGAGUAUUCACAGAUAUUUAACGAGGAAACGGUCAUUUUAAAUCCAUCUGAAAGAAUCCUGGAGAAUAGUGAAAGCUCACAAUCUUGGCAUGAUUCAUUCUGGGAUGGAGCCAGUAUACCGCAAUUAGAUGGCACUUGCGAUGAUGACCAUGUAAAGAAAAUGGGAAAAAGAAAAAUGAGAUCUUUUAAAUUAGGUUUAUCGAGACCGAAAAAUAAAAAGAAAAUGGAAACAACCAUAGCUAAGGAGUACGAAGAUAAGGAUAUGAAUGAAGUUGAAGAAAUCAACGUCUCUAGAGAAACAAUUGAGAACAUUUCUAAUUUACAUAUCCAAAGAAGUUGUAAGGCCGAACAGAAAUCUCUCAAAGAACAAUGUGCCGACGAUAAUAUAAAACAAUGUUCUAAUGAUGAAGUUUGUAUAGUUAAUUUAGUCUCCGAAGUUAGCUUAAAGCACAAUACUAAUGUUGACGCAGCUGUCUCAUAUGAUAUUCAAAAAGAAUUCGAACCAGUGGCAGGCCCAUCAAAUAUUAAGAUUCGCAAUUCAAAACAAAAGGAAUCUCCAAACAGUUCUGAUAGUGAGUCUAGUGAGGUUAAUCAGUCAUCGUCCGAAGAAAACAAAUUGGGGAUCGAAAGCUUCUAUGACAAGUCGCAUUUGUUUGAUUUAACAGCUACAGAAUAUGAAACGCACAAGAAUGAACACAAUGAAUCGAAUGUUAUAAAAGAAGAAGAAAAAGAAAAUUUCUAUAUAAAACGUGAAACAACAUCAAACACACCUAUUAAAACAGAUGUAUCAACAAAUAUUUUAAAUGAUAUAAUACUAACACCUAAAAUUAGACCUCCCACUAAAAACGAUAUUUUGUCUACCUUAAAAAUGUACGGAAUUCCAAAAAUAAGGAACCCUGAACCUUAUUAUUCUAAUUAUAAAGACGUUGGCGACAAAGUCGAAAUAGGACAAAUGGUACUAAAGCUAAAUAGCAAAUUAGCACAAGAUCAAAAGCCAUUUGGCCAAGUUUUAGACGUAACGAGCUUAGAUGAUUGGCGCCAAUUAUUAUUUUUACAAACAAAUGAAAUGACAGAAGAAUCAACAAAACCCGAAGCAAUGAAAGUGUUAUUGGCAAGUAAUCGUCGAUGUAUAUUAGAACCGUUAAAACGUCCUCCGUUAAGUAGUGAUGUUAAACGAUGGAUGGAAAGCAAACAUAAACUAACGCAAGAAACGGAUAAGGAAAUAAAUGUGAAUAUAAAUGAAAUAGAAAAUUCUCAAGAGAAUGAUUUGAAUGAUUUAAACAGUAGCAUUAGCUUGGAUGUAACAAUAAAGGAAAACUCCGAACUAAAUAACACUCUUCAAAUUACCAUGCAACCAGAUGGAGCAUUUCUUUGUUUUGGAAAUAGUGAGUCCAUUAAAGAGAAUACACUUAGUACACUUAGUAAUCCAACAGUUGAGACUGAUUUUCUCACGCUGAUGCUCUUAGAAGUUCAUACAUCCAUCAGGGGAGACUUGAAUCCAGAUCCCAAAAUAGAUCCCAUAGAAGCCAUAUUUAUGACAGUGACUAAUGACUGCCCCCCAAAUCACAGAUUGCAAAGAAAUGUCACGCAGAUUUUUGUCGUUGACGACAUGAAAGAUCCAAAUUUCUUAAACAGAUGCGUGUUUAACAUCGAGGUAAAUUAUCUGAAUAGUGAGAAUGAAUUGCUAGAGAAGAUUAUAGACCGUGUUAAAGGUCAUGAUCCAGAUAUUUUGUGUGGAUAUGAAAUCGAAAUGAAUUCUUGGGGAUACAUUCUUGAAAGAGCUCAAAUAUUGGGUCUUGAAUUUAUAAAAGAAAUAUCCAGAAUAACUGAAAAGAAUCGCCAGAAACGAUAUAGAAAUGAUGAGAGUGAAUUAGAAGGAAGAGUUAUCGGGAGAAUUACGUUUAAUGUCUGGCGUUUGUUCCGCUUCGAGCUCGCUUUAUCGAGCUACAGUUUCGAGAAUUGUAUGUACGCGAUAUUGAAUGAAAGGGUACCAAAAUACAGUUAUUCUCAAUUAGCUGAAUGGUGGAAGGAUGAAUCUAGAAUAUUACGCUGGAUACCCGUUGAAUAUUAUUUAACAAAAUUAAAUGGAACCGUCAGGAUGUUGGAAAAACUUGAUAUGAUAAACCGAACCUCAGAACUCGCUCGUCUGUUCGGGCUGCAAUGGUGGGAAGUGUUAUCGAGAGGAUCGCAGUUUAGGGUCGAAUCGUUAAUGCUUCGUGCUGCGAGACCUCUCAAUCUGGUCGCAUUGUCUCCGACUGUGAAACAACGUGCGAAAAUGCGAGCUCCGGAAUUUCUCCCACUAAUAUUCGAACCAGAAUCGCGUUUUUACAGUGAUCCCGUUAUUGUUUUGGAUUUCCAAAGUCUCUACCCAUCGAUGAUGAUCGCUUACAAUUAUUGUUUUUCUACAUGCAUCGGGAGAGUCCAAAAUAUAAAUGGCGACGCGCCGUACGAGUUCGGAGCGUGGCGUCUUCGAAUACCGCAGAAGAAGCUCGAAGGCCUGACGCGGCAGCGGCUCGUGCACUGGUCGCCGGCGGGCGUGGGCUUCGUGUCGGCGCGCGCGCGGCGCGGCGUGCUGCCCGCGCUGCUGCGCCGCAUCCUGGCCGCGCGCCGGGCCGUCAGGGCGGGCGGGCGCCUGCAGGCCGACGAAGCCGUCAGGAAGGCGAUGCACUCCCGGCAAUUGGGUUUAAAGCUAAUAGCGAAUGUUACGUACGGGUACACCGCCGCCAACUUCAGCGGUCGCAUGCCGUGUGUGGAGGUCGGGGACAGCGUCGUCGCUAAGGGCAGGGAAACUCUGGAACGAGCCAUUCAACUUGUCAACAAAAGCAAAUGGAAUGCUAAGGUAGUGUACGGCGACACGGACUCCAUGUUCGUGUUGGUGCCGGGCGGCUCUCGCGCAGAGGCCUUCGAAAUCGGACGCCAGAUAGCGGACGCCGUCACCGCCGACAACCCGUCGCCGGUCGCCUUGAAACUAGAAAAGGUGUAUCAGCCGUGUAUUCUACAAACAAAGAAACGUUACGUGGGCUACAUGUACGAGAGUCCGGAGCAAGAGAAGCCAGUGUACGAAGCUAAAGGUAUCGAGACCGUGCGUCGUGAUGGAUGCCCAGCUGGCGUUAAGCUUCUCCAAAGGUCUCUCUGCGAGUUGUUCGAAACAGGCGAUAUGUCACGUGUUAAAAAAAUCGUUUGCGGGGUAUUGUCGAAACUAGCGGAUGGUACGCUUUCACCACAAGAGCUGUUCUUCACCCGAGAGUAUCAUGGGCCGAAUGGCUAUCGACCGGGAGCCGCAGCUCCACCGAACGAGAUCGCUAAACGCGCGCUGAGCCGCGACGGGCGCGCGGGCCCGCGGGCGGGCGAGCGCGUGGCGUGGGCGCUGUGCGCGGGCGCGCCGCACACGCCGCUCGUGCGCCUGGCGCGCGCGCCGCCCGAGCUGCUGCGCGACGCCGCGCUGGCGCCGCACGUGCCGUACUACGCCACGCGCGUGCUCUUGCCGCCCUUGCAUCGCUGUCUAUCGCUGCUGGGCGUCGACGUCUUCAAGUGGUGGCAAGAAAUCGGCUGGAGUCGCGAGGCACAAAUAGAAAGAGGGGGCAGUUCCGGCGGCAUAGCGCGGUACAUGCAGCGCGGGCGCUGCGCGGUGUGCGGUGCGCGCGGGACGCGCUCGCUGUGCGCGCGCUGCGCCGCCCGCACGCGCGCCUCCGCCGCCGCCGUCGCCGACAAGCUCGCGCGCGCACACCGCCACCUGCAUCAGUGUCUACAGAUUUGCAAAUCGUGUUGUAAUCAUCAACUUUAUAUAAAAUGCGAAAACACAGAGUGUCCGGUGUUGUGGCGACGAGUAUCGUCUCAACAGAAGAUAGAACAUAUGCGAGAAAUAACUGCUAACUUACCUCCUGUUUAUAUGAAAGAGAACUUAGAUUUCUAGUAACAAAUUUUAUAGUUAAAUGUAGAUAUGUAAGCACGUAUAUAAUUUAUGAAAUUAUGUUUAAAUAAGAUGAAUAAAGAAGUGUUCAUUAAAGC